AUGAAGAUAGAAAUUCGAUUAUUAGCCUCAGAAACCUACGAAUUUUGCAUUGUUGUUAUGGCACUAAAUCCUGGACGUUUACCGUUCCCGAAGUUAUUGUUACAAAGUUCAGUGAUUGAGUCAUCGUUGUUGGAGGAAGUUGUUUGGAUGUCGUUACCUUCAUCUAUAUUUGUUCUGAUCGUUGACAGCAUUUCAAAUGGAAGAUAA